AUGGUACACUUUGGAUUAAAAUUUUUUCGGUACCGAUUAGAAGUAGAGCUACCUUUCACCUAUUCUAUUAGUUACACAUUUUUAGUUUUGACAAGAAUGUGGAGCUCGGAAAACUGGAUUCUGCUGGGUCUCCUGCACCUCUUUGCUCCUAUUGACUGCUGGAAAUUGCCACCGAACGCAUGCACCGCCAAUGGAACUCGAGAAGCAUGUCCUACAUCAUGUCCUGACUCCUGCGAGUUCUACGGCAUAGGACCGUGCAUUCGAAUGUGUGGAGCUCCAUGUGUAUGUAAGCCAGGAUAUGUGAUUAAUCCAAUGAUUCCAGCCUGUGUCCUGCUCUCCGAUUGCCCGAAAGAUGUAGUUAGAAAGCCAACUGGGGGUCAACUUAUCGAUCACUUCAAAUGUUUUAGUCACAAUUUUGACUGUUUGCUACCGCCGUAAAUGGUACACUUUGGUUUAAAAUAUUUUCGAUACCGAUUAGAAGUAGAGCUGUAAAUAAAAAAGCCGUUCUAUACUUAA